CUAGGAUCAUCCAUUCAUAGCUUGUGGCUCCCCAGGAUAUCCCCGCCCAUUCACGGAAGGCUUGAAAUCUUAUUAUAAUUACCGAUAUCUCCUGUCAAGAUAUUAAAGUAGGCAUCUGGCAGGUUAUCGAUCUCUUGCUCGUCCUUUCAUUCGUUCACUUUCUUUCGUUUUCCUCUCCUAUCAUCAUGCCUAUCCUAAGUUAUUUAUACUCGUGGGUCAAACCACGCCAAUGUCAACGUGAAGGCCGAUCUCCUUCUUUCUCUCUUGGCAAGAAGAAGCGCACAAAGUCAGGGCUAGAUAAGAACGAAAAGGAAGAUUUUCAGCGAUCCAAAAUAAUUCGAAAGUCAUUACAAAGUCGCGCCUCUUCACGAGCAACUGUGCGACAGGAAGAUGAAAACGACACUGAAGAGGAGGAUAGAAAUACAAGUCUCAGGACAGACUGGAAAGCAUACGAAGCUGAUAUUCAGCGAAACAAAUCAACGCUGAUGCGAAGGCACCCGGGAGUCGAUCGCUCGAGAAUACAAACUCACGCAGGAUCCUCCUCAUCCCGACCUCAACCACAAUCUUUCUCAUCAAGUUCAACCAACCCCUACUCUCCGCUUUCACCAACGACAUCAACUUCAACAGCAAGCCCAGCUUCGCCAGAAAUAGGAAGAGCGUUUUAAUACCACAGGCUUGAAGCAUGAAGUAUGGACCAUGAAACAAAACCCACAAUCACGACAUAUACCAACAUAUCUCUACAUAACUUUUAGACAAGAACUGGAAUUAUUUAUACCAU